UACUGUUCACUGAGGAGGAGGAGGAGGAUGAUGAUGAAGAUGACGGUUACUGUUGGACGUUUAGAUAGAAAUACAGUAAUAAAUCUGUCAGCAAAAAAAACAAAGGUGUGAGAGAGAGAGAGAGAGAGGAAGGUAGAGAGACCAAGACAAGCAAACAGACAAAGUAAGGUGGGCGGUCCGGGGGCGGGGAUUGAAAUAACAUCACACAUGGACGCGCACACGCUAAUCAGAUGAUGGGUCGAUGUUAUCGGUGAGAAGGUGGAGUCUCUCUCUCUCUCUCUCUCUCUCUGUAUCUCUCGCUCUCUCAUAUCAAUAAUUCAGGCGCGCGCCGUACGCACGCUCACACACAGACAGAACUUCCGGGCUCGCGCUAUGACUUCCGUCGCCGCUGCCUCUGUGUCUCGUGCAGGAGUCGUUCCCUCGGCAGGACGCGCGACUCCGGCUUAGCUGCUGCGUCUCCGACAAGUGACAACAAACAAACAAAAACUGAAGAAAAAAAAAUAGUCAGAAGGAAGUGAGAAGAGAAACGAACAGAACAGAACAGAACAGAGGGAGUGAGACACCGUGAGUUCCACCGCAGGUUCGUUUUUAAAAAGAGAGAAGAAGAAGAAGAAGAAACACGGGAGUCCACAGAAAGAAGAAACAGUUUUAGAUUCAGAUCUUUACUGGAAUCUUCUUGAAGAAAAACCUCCACGUCCGUUCACCUGAGAGAGAAAAAAAACACCCGGAAAACUCCUCCUUCUUUCUUCACUUCUUCUCGGGGGUUUUGCCCUUUUUUUUCUCAAACGGCGCGAAAUCGAGCGAAGAAAGUUCGCCGAUCUGCUCCGCGAUGCUGACGCUCUGUGUUCUCCUCGGUGCCGCCUGGUUGGUGGUGAGUUCGACCCAGGCUCAGAACGAGACGGAACCCAUCGUCCUGGAGGGGAAGUGUUUGGUGGUGUGUGACUCCAACCCGACCUCGGACCCCACGGGCACCGCACUCGGCAUCUCCGUGCGCUCCGGCAGCGCGAAGGUGGCGUUUUCCGCAGUCCGGAACACCAACCAUGAGCCGUCAGAGAUGAGCAACCGAACCAUGGUUAUCUACUUCGACCGGGUUUUAGUAAAUGUCGGGAAAAACUUCGACGAAGAGAGGAGUAAUUUCAUUGCACCGCGCAAAGGGAUUUACAGUUUUAACUUCCAUGUGGUGAAGGUCUACAACCGGCAAACCAUACAGGUGAGUCUGAUGCACAACGGAUGGCCAGUGAUUUCAGCGUUCGCUGGGGACCAGGAUGUGACACGUGAGGCAGCCAGCAAUGGCGUUCUGAUCCAGAUGGAGAAAGGAGACCGGGUCUACCUCAAACUGGAGAGAGGAAACCUCAUGGGAGGAUGGAAGUACUCCACCUUCUCCGGCUUCCUGGUGUUCCCCAUGUAGUCAGGACACAGAGAGGAGGAGGAGGAGAAGGAGGAGCAGGGGCUGGAAAUGAAGGAGAACUGGUGAAAGUUUGGAAUGUACCAAUGCGGGGGAAAAAAACAGAGAAAAAAAGAAUAAAAAACAGGGGACGUGAUGAGAGACUUCUGUUUGUAGUCGUUUAGCCGAUGGAGGAACGUGGACCGUCGAGAAGAUUCAGGAGAAAGACACAAGAUGAUGGAACCUUGAGAAGAAAUGCAGAAGCUGUACAUAAGAGUGAAGGGCUGGCGUCUUUUCUUCCCUUCCUCCUUCUGUCCACUCUGUCAUUCAUCCCUCCCUCUGUUGUCUCUGUGGCUGGACUGCACCUGUGGGCAGCCAAGACUUUUUUAUCCUCUGCUGAAGAAGUUGCGACUGAAACUCUCUCCUUCUGAACAUUAUCAUCAUUCUUCAUCAACCAUCAGUCUCCAUUAACAAAAUGUCACCCAGUCCACCCUCCAGGAGGAGUUCUUUAUUCAUGCCCUAGCAUCACAUCGCACUGAUCAGCUCUUAUCCCUAAGCCUAGCUGUAACUCAUGUCUGUAGACAGAAUCAGGAGCUGAAGACAGUUUGACCUUUUCUUUUAGAGAAAAGUGUCUUUUUGUGAUCACUGAUCCGUUUCACUAAACCUACCACCGCUGUGAGAAAACUGACGAGUGCGUAGAAGAAACCAGCGGUGUCUGCUUGGGUCUUCUGCGUACUCGUCAGUCUUCUUACAAAUUCCCUACCUCUCAUUGGUUUAACCACUGCAGUAGACUCUGACUUGUAGUACAAAAAACGUGUACAGGAAACCAAAAUUUGCGGCUAUCGGGUUAGAAAGGUUUGAUCUGUGGAACUAGUUCUCCUGCUACUGUGUGGUAACUGGAAGAUUCCACAUAAAUAACAAAUCAAAUCUGCUCUGGUUCAUGUGAGAGCUGCAGCAAUCUAAAAUUAUUUGAUGCAUUGAAUGCAGUGAUAACGAAUGAACUUAAACAGUUUCCUAUAAAAAAAACCCCGAAUGUUUUUAAGGUUUGAAAUUGACAGUGUUUAAAAAAAAAAAAA